AUGUGUAUGGGAGCAAUGGCGGGUGCAUACAUACUUACACAAUUUGCGAUAAAGUUUAGUGAAAGAGUUACCGGUUUGAUACUUAUAUCCCCUAUAUGCCGAGCACCCUCUUGGAAUGAAUGGUUUUACAAUAAGUUCAUGUCAAAUUUGCUCUAUUAUCACGGUAUAAGUGAUUUGUUGAAGGAGUUAUUGAUUCACAGAUACUUCAGUAAGGAAGUUUGCGGUAAUAUUAAUCUAGAAGUCCCAGAAUCAGAUAUAGUUCGAUCAUGCAGAAAGUCAUUGAAUGAGAGAGAUAGCAUUAACGUAUGGCGGUUUCUUCAAGCAAUCAGCAGGAGACGAGACAUCACCGAAAAUUUAAAGAGUCUUGAAUGCCGAACGAUCAUCUUUGUUGGCGACAGCUCUCCGUUCCAUAAUGAAGCUCUUCACAUGAAUGCAAACUUGGGUAAAACAUGUUCUUCUUUUGUUGAGGUACAUGCUUGUGGAUCAAUGGUGAAUGAAGAACAGCCUCAUGCAAUGCUGAUCCCGCUGGACUCUUUUCUGAUGGGAUAUAAAUGGUACAAACCAUACCGGUUCAUGGGCAUCCCGAGGAGCCCUAUUGGUCCGCGCUGCAUUGCUCCCGAGCUUCUUUACCCUGAAAAUAUGGGAGUGAAGCUUAAACCAAUAAAAACACGUGUAUCUCCUCUCCGUCCUCGUACCCAAAAAAGUUGA